UAACAGAGCAUACUAUUCGAUUAAUAAUAAUAAAUUUAUAUUUUAUAUUUUUAUGAAAUUUAUUAAAAAUGAGUUCGGACUGGGAGGAAAUUAAACGUUUAGCAGCGGAUUUUCAAAAGGCUCAAUUAACAUCAACUUUACAGAAAUUAUCCGAAAGAAAUUGCAUUGAAAUUGUUAAUUUAUUGCUGGAAAAGAAGCUUAUUGAAGUUGUUUAUACCAGUGAUGGUAAGGAAUACAUAACACCACAGCAUUUGGAAAGAGAGGUCCAAGAUGAGUUGUAUGUAAACGGUGGACGUGUCAAUUUAGUUGAAGUUAGCAAAACGCUGAAUGUUGACCAUUCACGUGUAAAUGACAUAGCCACAAAUAUUGCUGCUUCCAAUCCAAACAUAUAUUUUAUGCUUGGUCAGCUGAUAGAUGAGGAUUAUAUCACUCAUUUGGCGCAAGAAAUCAAUGAGAAACUAGCUCAGAAAGGUGAAAUAUCAGUUUCGGAUCUAGCACAACAAUAUGAUCUACCGUCUGAUUUUCUGCAGCACAAUGUCGUUGAGAAACAUUUGGGAAAGAUUAUACGUGGUCGUCAAGACCAAGCAAAUCCACGUGUAUUCUUUACACAAGCCUAUGUACAGCGUUGUAAAUCUAAAAUACGCGGUGCUUUAGCUGCACUAACAAGGCCGACUAAUGUUGCAACCAUUCUGCAACAAAUCAGUGUGCAAGAGAAAAUUUUCCAUUCCCUCUUCGAUGAAAUCGCACCAGCUGGACAGUUAACAUCCAAACUAGCCAAUGCUCAAUAUGUGCCACAUAUUUAUGCCAAGAUGCAGUCUGACUGGUUCAAUUCAUUUUACAAACAAAAUGGUUUUCUGGAGUAUGAUUCCAUUAAUAAGCUGGGCAUAACUGAUGCUAAGCAAUUUAUACGGAAACAAUUUCCAAAUGAAGAAAUGAUGUUUCUGAAACGUUGUGCCAUUGGUUCCAAGAUUAUCGAUCUUACUGUAUUGUCUUCACUAAACGAAUGCAAUGCCACUAAAAGCUAUGUAGAUCUUGCAACGAUUUUACCAAGUAAUAUGUCGGAUGAAGAUAUCGAAGAAGUUUUUAAUACUGUGAUGUCACAAAAAAAUAGUACACCCAAUAAUUUUGUUUUUAUGGAUAAUGUUGUUUUUUCUCAACAAUACCUUACGGAGCUUGUGCAACCAUGCCAAGAGUUUGCGCAUGGCAAUGCUAAGAAGGCAAUAGAAAGUGGUGUAUAUCAGCAAUAUUUAGCUGAGAAGCAAUUGGCGAAUAAAGGAAAUAUCACAAUGCAAGAUUUCGAUGAUGAUGUGAAGCAGGAUAAACGUGAUGAGCGACGUAAAAAGGCUGCCAGUGGCAAAGCUGGUGGUGGAAGUCAGGGACGUGAAACUAAAACAAAAUCUACAAAGAAACAUCAGAGAGGUGGACGCGGAGCUGCAAAUAAUGCAGACAGUGAUGAGGAAGAUGAAAGCAAAAAUAGUAGUAAUAAAAAAACAGUAAAGACUAUGGAACUAAUUAAAAAGGCAGACAUCAUUAAUAUCAUACGAAAAAAAUUGGAUGAAGAAAAUUUGGAUCAUUUAGCUGAAACAAUAGCUAAUUUAUAUAUUAACCAAUUAAAUCUACAAGCAUUAACCAAGGCUCAAGAAUUAUACGAAGCUACACCACAAACUAAUCGGCGUCAGACACAUGCUGCUAUUCAAGAGAAACUAAAUUCUCUACUCGUAGAUAUACGUUUAUACGAAAAAGGUUUAAAGCUCUUCCCCGCCGAUGUGCAAUCACAAUUAGUUAAAUAUUUACUAAAGUCCCUUGGAAAUGAUAUUUGCAACGAAAUAACUGUCUACAUAGCCAAUGAAUGUAAUGUGCAAUUGAAAAACAAUAAUUUAAAUGUGGAUCAACGCAAUAAAGUAGCACAAGAAUGUGACGCUGAGUAUAAAAAUCCUUUAAUUGAGCAAAACAAGGCUUUGAAUAAGAGUAUUGAUGAUUUCGUGCUGGCCACUGAGAGCGUGUUAAAAACUUGUAGUAUGAUAAUCAAGAAAGUUGACAAGAAGAAGGAUCGCAUUUUAAUCGUACAGCAUAAAGAAAAAUUAUUGGAACAAUUACAAGAGAGUAGUGACCACGCUUUGGUACUACAUUUGACGACAUUAAUUUUAUUCACAACUGCAACUAAUUGUAUAUUACAUGCAUCUGGCAAAUUUGUUGCUCAAAUAUUAUCGAUAAUAAGCGUACAUUUAAACACUGAUCAAAAGGAUUUAUUAAUGCAAUAUCAUGAUCUAGUGUUAAAGACUUUGCAAAGCGAGGCUGACAGUGAUGACAUCAAAAAUGCUAAUGAACAAUUGCACAAUUUACAGUCACAAAUCAAGCAUUUAGCAAAAUCCUUUGAGAAGCCAGGGGUAACUAAGGCUGAUUAAAUAUUUUAUUUUAUUACUGCUCAGGUCUAUUAACAAAUAUUAACAGCUUCCAUUUCUAAAAAUAAUGUAGUUAAAAAUGUUUUAUAUUUAAAUAUAUGUAUGAUGUUAAUUAAUUCGUAUUGUAAAUAAAGUCUAUGUAGUAA